AUGUCGAUCUUCUUCUUCCGCUUACACAACCUACGGCGAGACGAGGGAAAGAUGCGCCGAUACAGACGAAACCUGAGUGCUGAUAAUUUGACAGCUCCAUCGCGUCUGCUGGAGAGACCGCUAAGCCAGCCCACAGACAGCCUUGACGAAAUCGCCUUCCAAAUACCCAGGUGUGCUAGUCAACCCACUCUCUUAGACACUGCACUCUUUGUGAUUCCUAAAUUCUAUGCUGCAGUAUCUUCUGCUUUGUCUAUUGCACAAGCCUUUUUCGAAAUACCACAGAUUGCACCGGAGUCGUAG